GCUUUGGCGGCGCGUGUGAUGUUGUGUGUGAGCAAAGUACAGAACACGCAAGAUCCACAGCGGCAGCCCGCGCAUCCAUCGCUCACUGUUUGUGUGCUCUGGUGUUGAGCUGCAGGUUGUCGUGUAUGCGCAUCGGCCCUCGUCUGUCCAUCGCUGUUGCCUUCUCCCUGCUGCUGAGGAGUGAGGCGCUCAUCCACUCACCACUCGUCGGUGUGCGGCGCCUCUCUCUUCGGCCUCUGCUGCGCCUGCCCCAUCGCAUAGCCCUCCGCCCUGCCAUCAUGGCCACCAAGCGAGAGGUCAUGAUCAGACAGACAGCAGCCGCAGCAACACAUAGCAGAUCCCCAUCAGCAGCUCAUGAAGAGUGUGCAUUCCUGUGCGUGCGUGUUUUCAGUUGUCGGAGUGUUCGCCCGAUGACGGCGAUGCAGCGGCCGAUGCGGCCAUGGCCAAUAGCAAGGGGGCCGGCAGCAGCAACAACAACAACAGCAACAACAACAAUAAGAACAGCAAGAAGGCCAAGGUGCAGAUGGGCCUGGAUGCGUUUGUGAUCCGCAAGGAGCGGCCGAAGAAGGACGGCGGCGAGGGCGCAUCGUCGUCGAGCGGGGCGGCAACAGCGGCUGCUGCUGCUCCGGUUGACCCGGCGUUUGAGGCCAAGUGGGAGACCCAACUCGGACCGGCGUGGUGAGAGCAUGGAGGGACAGAUGGAUGGAUGGAUGGAUGGCUGCCAGCAUCAAGUGCUUUGUGUGUGUGUGUGUGUGUGUGUUGGUGUGUGUGUGGGUCAUCCGCAGGUAUGGUGCGCUGAAGAGCGAGUUGUGUCAGUCGUACUUCACCACGUGCAUCGACAAGGUGGACAAGGAACGGCGGAACAAGAAGGUCGGCCGGCCGGCUACACACAAAACACCCACACCCGCAGCCGCACCAGCAGACAAGCGGCCAUUCCCUCUGUCUGUGCUCUAUUGUGUUGUGUUGUGGUGUGUUGUGGUGUGUUGUGGUGUGUUGUGGUGGCAGGUGUAUCCGCCCGAGGAGUUGGUAUUCAACGCGUUCCGCAGCACCCCGUAUGCACUACAAACGCCCUCAUGUCGCCCCAACAACAACCGCUCAUCUGUCUAUCUGUCUCGUGUGCGUGGUGCCUGCAGGCUGGAUAAGGUGAAGGUGGUCAUUGUGGGUCAGGACCCCUACCACCAGCCCAAACAGGCCAUGGUGGGCAGACUAAGCCUCACCGCACACACGUCGGCCAACACACAGAGCUCUUCCUCCUCCCUUUGCAGGGUUUGUGUUUCUCGGUGCCUCGAGGCGUGCAGCCGCCGCCCAGCCUCAAGAACAUGUUUGAAGAAAUCGGUAGGCAUACGAAAGAAAACAGCCCAUUUCAUGCUUUCUCAUGCCGGGGCCGUGCGCGUGUAUGUUUCAGGCUGCUCAUCGAGCCACGGCGAUCUGACCAGCUGGACGGAGCAGGGCGUCUUCCUUCUCAACGCGUUGUAAGCCAAAAACCGUCGCACACACACAUCCAUCCAUCCCGCUGCACCACAGACACGCGCGCAUCCCCCUCCUUCCUUCCUUCCCUCCCUCCCUCCCUCCCUCCCUGUCUGUCUGUCUGUCUGUCUGUCUGGUUGGUCAGGUUGACGGUAGCAGAGGGCAGCCCGAUGUCGCACAAGGACAUGGGGUGGGCGCGGUUCACCGACCGGGUGAUAGACGUCAUCAACAGGGAGACCAAGGGGACGAUCUUCCUGCUGUGGGGCAAGGCGGCCCAGAAGAAGGGCGAGAAGAUCAACAGGUCCCGCCACCACGUGCUGGAGGCCGGACACCCAUCCCCCCUCUCCAUUAAGCACUUCGAGGGUAUGGAUGUAUGGCACCGUCCGAAGCGCCCUGUGUGUGCCUUGGUGUUCGUCCAUUCAUCGCUUUCUCUCUCUCUCUCUCUCUCUCUCUCUGUGUGUGUGUGUGUGUGUGUCUGCCUUGUGUUGUGUGUGUAGGUUGCCAGCAUUUUCAGAGGGCGAAUGCCAUCCUGGAGAAACGCGGGGAGGCGCCCAUUCAGUGGGAACUCCCGCAAUAAGUAGACAGACAGACAGGUAGACAGCCCGGGCUUGACAUGAUGCCGCGUCGAUAGCCAUAGCCUGCCUAUUGGUCGAGGAGCGGCCGCUGCACGACUCAUGGCCGCUGGCCGCACGGUUCUGCAGUGUACAUGUCUGCAGCCAGCCAGCCAGCCAGGUGCAGAUUAGACUGAAGGGGUGGGGAUUAUAUGAUGGUAGACGGACAGGACAGCAGUGCAGUGAGUGGAUGUGAUGUGCAUGUGGCACCAAAUGUCGGAACUCAGUUGCCAACUCAAUUAUUGCCGG